UAUUUCGGCCCAAUUCAAAACUCAGCUGUAUUCACUGUAUAAAUUGCUCAAAACCCUAAAGCAAUACCUCAUAGUUUUCUCGCAUAGCGUCGAGACACUAAAGGAGGAGAUCCAGCGCCGCCGCAUCACCAGAAGCUAUGGCUGUUCCUUUGUUGAACAAAAAGGUUGUGAAGAAGCGUGUCACCCAGUUUAAGAGGCAUCACAGCGACAGAUAUGCCUGUCUCAAGACAAACUGGCGCAGGCCCAAGGGUAUUGAUUCCCGGGUUAGGAGGAAGUUUAAAGGUGUCACAUUGAUGCCCAAUAUUGGCUACGGUAGUGACAAGAAAACCCGUCACUAUUUGCCGAAUGGGUUUAAAAAAUUCCUGGUCCACAACGUUAAGGAGCUUGAACUCCUUAUGAUGCACAACAGGAAGUACUGUGCUGAGAUUGCGCACAAUGUCUCGACCAGGAAGAGAAAGGAGAUUGUUGAGCGGGCAGCUCAGCUCGAUGUUGUAGUCACCAACAAACUGGCAAGGCUGCGCAGCCAGGAAGAUGAGUAAGCUGUGUUGCACAGCUCUGCUGCUUAUUCCCAUUUUUUAUGUCAAUGUUUUUAGUUGCUAGUAUUAAGAUUAUUGACCGGAGAGUUGAAUUAUUCGACUUUGUUUUGAUUUAUGUGAUUUGCAAUCAAGACAUUUUGAACUUCAUUUAAACAUGCAGUUCAUCUUUUUGUUA